AUGGGGAGAAAACCUUGCUGUGAAAAAAUUGGAUUAAAGAGAGGUCCAUGGACUAUAGAAGAAGAUCAUAGACUUAUGAACUUCAUUCUUAACAAUGGCAUCCACUGCUGGAGAAUUGUCCCCAAACUCGCAGGUUUGUUGAGAUGUGGGAAGAGCUGUAGAUUGAGAUGGAUCAAUUAUUUGAGACCUGAUCUCAAGAGAGGUGGUUUUACAGAUGCUGAAGAAGAUCGAAUUAUGGAACUUCACUCUCAACUUGGCAACCGGUGGUCUAAAAUUGCAUCUCAUUUCUCUGGUCGAACGGAUAACGAGAUAAAGAACCAUUGGAAUACGAAGAUCAAGAAGAAGAUGAAACAUCUUGGGUUGGAUCCAGCUACGCACAAACCAAUGAAUAAUAUCACUCAUCAAACCGAUCCUAAUCAUCAGGAUACAAAACCAAAAAUGUGUUCUAGCAUCAAUAACGAAGGAGAGGAGAUGAAGGACCAAACUCCAAAAGAUGAUGUCAUCAAAGAAACAGCAAAAGCAUUAACCGAUAACAAUGAGGAACUUGUGGAGAAAAACUGGAAAAAUCUACGUGCAGAAGAAGUAGACUUGGAAUCUCUGUUCGAAACGCAAGGCAACGAGAUAUCAUCCAAUUCGUCUAUCUCUUCGCUGUAUAGUAAUAUUUCAAGAAAUGAAUCUUCGUCAUAUCUUGCAGAAGAUUCUAUCUCUUUAGAGCAAUGGGACUUGGAUAUGACGGAUCCUUUUGUACCAUGGGACCUCUUCGCCGCCAAUCUUGAUCAUGAUAAUCUUUUCUUUUUAUGA